AUGGUACCAAAGUUGGUAAUACCCCGUUUCCACGUGGUACUCAAUUAUGCCACGAUAGACCUCAAUGGGUCGGGGACUUACCCGGACGAGCGGAUAAAUCGCCGCGAGCGUCCCCCGCCGGGGCUGUUCACCUCGAUAAAAUUACCUGAAGCCGAGCCCCCAAACGGAGUGGCGCCCCUGCUGGAUUUUCCGCGGGGGCGCAUGCGACCAGUUACUUUCCUGGGCGAGGGACCACAUGGCACUGUAACAAAAAUGUCAUCACAUAAUUUCACCUGCCAAGGCAAGAGACGCUGGACCCUUUUUGAAAGGGUGAUAAAGCCAAAAUUACUAGUCAACUGCAAUCUUUUGAUCACCGCGUGA